UUCUCGCAACUUCUUCAGUAUUUUUCGUGCUGUGUUCUGUGAAGUAGUGAAAAAAUCGAGUAAAUUUCUUUUUUAUUUCUUAUUUGAGUGAUAAUUCAAUUAAAAAGAAAACAAGUGCACAGCCGAAUAGCAAACUAAUUGUGGCUUGAACGUACGUUUAUUAGAACUAAACGUGAAAAGUGUAGUGCGUAUAGUUUGAACGAUAGAAAUUUUCGCAGUGAAAAUUUUUGAGUGCACAAAAAUUACACGCACACAUAGAAAAGCGUUCACGCAGAGUUCCACUUACACCCGCGCGGAGGAGUGGCAGCAGCAGCGAUAUACAGAGCGCAGACACGACACAACACACGCUCGACCCAUGCACGACGCACCGGAGUAUAAACACAGCAGCAGUAGUAGCAGUCGUGAGCAACACCAACAGCUAGGAAGAGUGCCAGUCCCCAACGCAGCAGGCACUGGAGUAAGGAUAACGCCAACCACAGCUACGCAUAUAUCAUCAUCAUCAGCCGUUAGUAAAACAAGCAAUUCCUCAAUGGAGUCCAUUGGACAUAGAAUACACAGACUGGAGAAACGUCUCGAGGAGGAGAACAAUUCACACAAUCACUUGAUGUUUGCUACAGACCCUCCAAGUGGCUCAGCAACGCGUGUUGGCGCCAGAGAUGUACACAUGUCGCUACCAAUCGGCAGCAAGUCAAAACGCCCCAUCUUGGAUUUGGUUAUGACAAAUACAAAUCGCAAUGGUCCACAAACAGAAAUGCACAAGAAACUUAAAAGAAUACGACAACAAUCCGGUAUACUAACCAUAAAUGGCCAAAAAUAUCCCAGUAGAAUGUCUGAUUUGGAACAUUUGAGCGAUUUGGGUAAUGGCACUAGUGGGAAUGUGGUAAAAAUGCGACACAAACCAACGGGCACGAUUUUAGCCGUCAAACAAAUGCGUAGUACUGGCAACGAUGAAGAAAAUAAUCGUAUACUCAUGGAUCUCGAUGUUAUAUUGAAUUCACAUGACUGCCCAUAUAUAGUGCAUUGUUUAGGUUAUUUUGUAAAUAUACCGGAUGUGUGGAUAUGCAUGGAACUGAUGUCAAUGUGUUUCGAUAAGCUGCUAAGGCGUUCAAAACAACCGGUGCCAGAGAAUAUACUUGGGAAGGUUACUGUAGCGACGGUGCACGCUCUUUCAUAUUUAAAAAAGAAUCACAAUGUCAUACAUCGAGAUGUGAAACCUUCAAAUAUCCUCAUCGACGAACAGGGCAAUAUCAAAUUGUGCGAUUUCGGCAUUAGCGGGCGACUUGUGGAUUCAAAAGCGAAUACACGUUCAGCCGGGUGCGCCGCUUACAUGGCGCCUGAACGCAUUGAUCCGAAAAAGCCGAAAUAUGAUAUACGCGCUGAUGUUUGGUCAUUGGGCAUAACACUAGUGGAACUCGCCACCGGCCGUUCACCGUACGAAGGCUGCAACAUAGACUUCGAGGUGCUGACUAAAAUUUUGGAUCACGAACCACCCAGUUUGCCAUAUGGUGAUGGUUUUGAUUUCAGUCAAGAAUUUCGUGAUUUUGUCGAUAAAUGUCUGACGAAAAAUGUACAUCAGCGCCCCAGAUACCAGGAGCUCUUGCAGCAACCAUUUUUUCGUUAUUACGACGCGGCUGAUGUGAAUGUGAUUCAAUGGUUUAAGACUGUUGUCGAAUCUGCCGACAUAGAGAUGCAUAGAACUCACAUGCCAAUUACUACAACAACCACAGCUACACUCAGAGGAGAUGUAACAGCAGUAACAAAUAAUAAACAUAACAAAAUUGCAACUGCAACAAUAAUGCCAACAGCAACAACAAUAAUAGGAACAACAACGACAAUAAAUCCAAAAAUGCCAGCAGCAAGCAGCACCACCCACACACACAUACCCAGCUAUCAGAAUUCCUAUCACAGUGCCACACACACAACCAACGCGUCACAAACACAAUCCACACAGCCACAAAUGUUUGCGUCACGCUACAAAAAAGACGAUUAUCUGCCACAAUAUCAACCACAAUAUGCACACGCGCAAACGCAGUUGUCACAUCAUCAUCAUCAACCAUCACAACUACCUCAGCCGAUUGCAAGCUAUUACAACAACAGCAACGCCAACAAUCAUUUACAGGGCGAACGUGGUGGAGGCGGUAGCAUCGGCGGCAGCACCGGUGUAGGUCUGAGUAGUGGUGUCGGUGGCGGUGUCGGUGUCAGUGGUGGCGGCAAUGGUUAUGGCAGCGGUGGUUCGGGCAGCAAUAGCGCGAAUAGCAGCAGUCCACAAUCGCCGCCCAGCAGCAGCUACAAGGAUGCAACGCACAAGGACGACACCACGCAUAUUGUCAGCGAGAUGAGCAAAUUGUAUCGCAAAUCACCGUUUCUGCAGCGCAAAUAUAGCAAUGGCUCGGGUUUGAAGUACACCAGCGCGGUGGGCGGUGCCGAGAGUCCCAAAAAGGAAUCCAUGUUCAGCAGUAUAGGUCAAUCGAUCAUACGCAAUCUCACGACCUCGCCCUUUAGCCAAAAGAAACAUCAUACACCACAACCACAUCAGGUGGAUCCACUUUGGCGCAUGCCGAAUGUGCAGGAGAUGGGUGGCAAUGCGUUCGAUGUGUAUGAUAGUCCCGCCAUACCGAAGACGGUGGCGUUGGGUUCGCCAGCGAUGACGCGCAAGCGUUUUCAGGGUGGCGCCGCAUCACCAACACUGCCCAUAGGCACGGCGGUGGAGCCGGUUUUGAAGGAGCAGCAGCCUUCGCUUAUACCAGUUAAUCGCGGUGAGCUGAAUACGCAGCAGCGCGUGCCCGGCAACCAUAGUCCAAUAGUGCUGCAACGUUUCUACCAUCAGCAGAAUCAGCUGCGUGAGAAGGAGUUGGAAAAGCGUAAGGAGCAUCUGCAACAACAAAAGCACUCCACAAAUCCCUUCCUCGCUGGCAAUUAUCUCUCCACAACGGCUGCCGUCACAGCGUCCACUACGCCAUUGCAUUACAGCAACACCAACAACAGCGCCGGCGGCGUUGGGAAUCAACAGCACUAUCAACUGCCCCAGCCGCAGCAGCAACGCUAUCCGCAACAGCAGCCAACGCAUCACAUGCCGCUAACCAGCGCUGCCUCCUCAUCACAUUCAACUUCUAGUCAAUCAUCCACACAAUCCUCGUCCUCACAAAUAGCCCUAAGCGAUAUGCACGAACAUCAACAAGCGCGUUCGCCACCCACUUGCGCACCACCGCCACCGCCGCAAACAUCUGCCGCGGCAAUCAGCACUGCCUUUGGCACGAGUCCCAGUCAGCUGCAAUACCAACCGCUGCCGCAGCAUUAUUUACCGUUGAAUGAGCAUGCAGUGCGCAGCUCGCGUUCGCCGCCUACCUCGCCGGAGCAGCUGUCUUCCGAUGGCGGUGUGAGCGGUAGUGGCGGUGGUGGUGGCAGCAGCGGCAUGGCGAGCAAGUUGAGCAAAUUGUAUGCGCGUCGGCAGUGGCAAACGACCACGGCGUCAACGAUACCGACGCAUACAGGCGUUGAGGGUGUGUGUGGCAGUGGCGGAGGGAUCGUUGGAGGCGGUGUUGGGUUGGCGGGCAAGGAAUACCGGGACGAACAUGGCUGGUUUAACACACUUGCCGGCGCCAUGAAGCGUCAAUUUGCCUCAUAUGUUAAAUUACAAUUGCAUUCUGCAGGCUCGCCUUCGACCAGUGGCGCAGCCAAUCAACAUGACGGCGUCGGCUAUGAGAGUGCGCUGCCACCGAGCGCACAACCUGGCAAACCGACACUCUCCUAUUAUCGUACGCUCUCCGCGGGUAGCAGCAGCAAUACGAGCAACAGCACUUCGCCGACUGAGGCGCAGCCUAAACCCGGACAAACGUCGGGUAGUGACUUCUACGAUGGCACCAGCGGCUUUUUGCGUCGCUAUGCCGCGGCAGGCGCGAGCGGUAUGACCAGCGGUUCUUCGAAUGCGCAUCUGCUGACCGGUUUGGAUCGGCGACACCGCAGUCCAGAUCCACCGCCGCGCUACAAUCGUGGGCAAUCGCCACUGCUGUUGCGCAAGCAGUUGCUGGAGCUGAGCGGCCAACCGCCAGGCGGUUCACCGCUGCUCAAUAGACGGUAUGUGAACGCCUCACCGCCUUUGCCACCACCGCGUCGCGGCUCGGAGAGUGUGCCCGGCUCACCGCAACAUUUUCGCACGCGCAUUCAUUACACACCCGAACCACAGCGGCGCAUAUAUCGCACGAUCGACCAAUGAGUAGCGCUGCAAAUAAUGCUCAUGUGAUAUUGGUAUGGUUUUGAGGAGAAUGCGCGCGAUGCAGAUGGCGGAGGCGGCGGCAUUGGUAGCAGUAGUGGUCGCGUUGUCAGCAACAGCGCUAGCGGCAUCGGCGUGCGCGCUACCACGCAGGACGACACGGCAUUGCUGUCAGCGCCCGCGACAACGCGUCGCUUGCCCACGCGCCUUGCGGUCGGCAGCAGUGGCGACGCGCUGCACACACAGUUGGCAUGCGGUGGCGGCGCGCCACCCAUCACCACCAGUCCGACGGUGGAUCGCAUGACUGCAUCGGAUGUGGCCGAUGUGUUGGCGCGCGAACGCGACUUGUGGCGCUUGCGACGCGAGGAGUAGCGGCGCGUGUUUUUCGCUUAUGUUUGUGAUGUUUGGUACGUUAGUACGCAACUUAAUUUCGACAUAUUUCUGUUGUGCGCGUGUCAGUUGCAAUUUUGUGAUUUUGUUGUUAAGCUUAAAGUGAAAAUAGCUAUAUUUCGUACACUAAAUAGUAAACAGUGUGUAAAUGUGUAUGCAUAACGAGUGUGUGCUUAUAGGAUACAAGUAAUUGAUAAAGAUGGGUAACGCCAAAGUGUGGUUACAAGCAGAAAUGGCAUAAUUAAAGUUGGUUAUAUGUAACUGGUAUAAAGAAAAUUAUGCAAUUUUAAGUCAAAAGUUGUACCAAAUCUGUUUCGAAAAGUUUUCUAGACAUUUUUAUGAAACUGGUAUGAACUGGUAUAAUGUGUUUUUUGUGUUAUAUAUAACUGGUAUAAUGCAAAUUAUGCAUUUUCAAGUCGAAAGUUUGGUACAACUUUCUAUUGGAAAAAGUUUUCUAGACACUUUUUUGAAACUGAUAUAAAACUGGUAUAAUAUGUUUUUUGCUUGAACUUAAAUAUUUGAACAUCUUUUCAAUAGUUGAGUCAAAAUUUACAUUUAAUAACAUGAAAAUACCAUAGAAAAAAACUGGUAUAAUUUUGUUUACAUAACUUUUUUUCAAUAAUGUUGAAAUUACCAUGGAAAUUGUGUGAAACAUAUUGCCAAGCACUUUUUUUAAACUAUACUGAAACUGGUAUAAUUUUUUUAAAAACCUCUUUUGGUUAAUUUGUCGACUUUUGCAACUUUUCCCUUACUUAUUGGCUGUUAUUUUUUUAAAUAAAAUGCUAAACUAUGCAGUAGAACUGCAAAAGGACACCACAACCACUUACAGCACACAAAGUACGCAUACAAACACAUACAUUAAGUAUAUAUAUUUAUGUAUUGGAACGGUUUCGCUUGUUGAUAAGCUAAUAAUGCCCAAUCUUAGCGCAUUAAAAGCAUAUUUAUAAAGACUAAAAUGUAAUAUAAGUACACACAUAUUUAAUUAUAAUUACAUGGAAUAAGCCGAAAUUAUUUCAAAUAUUGUGACAAAUGGCAAAGAUCCAAACUAAAUAAUAAUAAUAUCAAUAAUAAUGCUUGACAAUUUGUAUAAUAGUUUUAAGCGCAAAAACAAUAGCGUUCCUUACCCAUAGCAAAUUUAUUACCGUUGUAAGAAGUAUGUAUAUGAAAUAGCUGCUUUAAAAGAAUUUUAUAACUAGUGUGAAACUGUUAUAAAACAUAAAAAAAAAUAUUUAUAAAUUGUAUGUUUGUAAAUUUGCUGUGCAAAAAUUGGUAAUAAACAUGCAUACAUAACACUGACUGUAGUAAAGUUAAAGAAACUAGUCUAAAAAAUAAUUAAUAUUUCAGCAAAGUUGGGGAAAAUGCCAUCUUUUUUUAACAUUUUGAAGUAAAAUUAUGAAAAAAAGAAGCAAAUAUUGAUAGAGAGCAUAAAAUUAUUUUAGGCGAGUUAACAAUUUAUCAAGAGAGUUUGUUUUAUUAUUUCACGAAAUCGUUAAAAAUCUUGUAAGCAUGUAAAUAAAAUAUUACUGAGUAGAAAAUAACGCAGAAAAAUAUUUAGUUCCUUAAAAAGUCACAGACAGUUUGGUGAAGUCGGAAAAAAUGCUUAAAAAAUUAAUAUUUGAAACUGGUUACUACAAAUUUAGAACUGGUAUAAUUUUUAUUUUAAUUUUUCUAAAAUUAGAACUGAUAAAAUUUGAAACUGGUAUGAUUUUUAUUUUAUUUGUUUUUUUUUUUUUUAAUUUCGAAUUUAUAAAUUUAAAAUGUAAAACUGGUGUAAAUUUUAAUUUAAUUUUCCUUUAUUUGAAACUGGUAUAAUUUAAUUUCGAACUUAUAAAAUUAAAAUUUAAAACUGGUGUAAAUUUUAAUUUCAUUUUUCUUUAUUUGAAACUGGUAUAAUUUUCAUUUAAAUUGUUUUUUUUGUUUUUAAAUUUAGAACUGUUAAACUUUUAAUAUAAAACUGGUAUAAAUUUAAUUUUUAUUUAUUAAAACUGGUAUAAUUUUUUUAAUUUUGAACUUAUAAAAUUUAAAUUUACAACUGGCAUAAAUUUUAUUUAAUUUUUUUUUCAAACUGGUACAAUUAAAUUUUGAAAUUUAAAUGGAAAUUGGUAUAAAUUGUAUUUUAUUUUUUUUAAUAAAACUGGUAUAAUUUUAAUUUUUUUAAUGCAGAACUGGUAAAAUUAUAUUUUCAAACUGGUAUAAAUUUUAUUUUAAUUUAUUUUUUGUUAUUGGAAUAAUUUUUUAUUUAUUUAUUUAAAUAUUUAUUUUAUUUAGAACUGGUAUAGUUUUUAUUCAUAAUUUUUUUUUUUACGAACGACCACCACUUAUAAUUACUACAACAAUUUUCCCCCAACGCUAACCAGAACUCGGCUUUUUUCGUGCACACAAAAAAACUGAAAAUCCAUUUCUUUCUUUCGACUGACUUAAACAAUUUUGUUGUAAUGUAUUUCGUAGGUCUAGUCUUUAAAUUAGUUUGUAAGCUACAAUGACAACAAACAAACGUGUAAAAUAAAUAUUAAGCGAUAACUGUAUAAAUUUAAUAAAAAUUUAAUAAAAUAUGCGCGUGUGCAACGAAGUGCAGAAGCUAGCGAAGAUUUAAAAUAAAAAAAAAAAAAUAUUUUAUUAUAAAAUAAAUUGUAAAUUAAAUAGUAGAGAUUUUCAAUAAUGCCAAUCGACUGUAAAUUCUGAAAAUGACAAUCCAGAAGUUAGCGAGAAAUAGAAUUACAAGAAAAAAAUUAAAUUUUUUUUAGUGUAGCCUCUCGAAGUCACAUACAUUUAACAUGUUCGAAAUAUUUUUUACUUUUUUUACCGUUACUCUUCAAUAGCUCUUUAGUUUUACUUUUCUUGUUUUACUAACAAAUGACAGAAAAUUGCUCACUACACUUAAAAUGUUACGAAAUUCAAGCGUGCUGGAAAAAAUUUGAAAGAAAAAAUUGUGAAAGAAAACUUUUUUGUAAAAAAAUACUAAAAUGAUAAAGCAUAAACUAUUUCACUAAAUAAAUAUUUAUAAAUCUGCAUUAAAGUAUGUACACUGCAAAAAUAUAACGACUUUUGCUAACUAAGCGCAAAAUUAUGCCAUGAAAUUUUGUUUACAGAACUGGUAUACAAACUGGUAUAACAUAUUUUCACCAAUAAAAGUGCGAUUCUGUAAAUUAAAUGUUUGAAAUUACCUAAAAUAAAUGUUAUUAAAUAUAAAACGACAUUUUUUAAUACUGGUAUAAAUUAUUAAACGCAUAAAAUUUGUAUAUAACUAUGUUAAAACAAGUAAAUAUUUAAAAUUUCAUAUUCUCAUAUAAAAGUCUGCAAAUUAUUUGAAAAAAACUGGCAUAAAAUUUUAUAAUUUUUUGUUUCUUAUAUUAUUUUAAACUGGUAUAAAUAUCUAAAGCAAGAAAAUUGUAUAAAGCUAUGUUAAACAAAGCAAAUGUUUGUAAUUACAGAGAAUAAACCAGAAAAGUUUGCUAUAAAUCGUUUGAAAAACUGGUAUAAAUUUUUGUAUUGUUUUGUUAUAUUAUUUAAUAGUGGUAUAAUUCUUUAUACAUAACAAAUGUGCAUAAAACUCCGUUCUAAAAGGUAAAUGUUUGCAAAUUUCAUAUAAUAAACUAGAAAAGUCUGCUAAAGUCGUUUAAAAAACUGGUAUAAAUUUAUAUAAAACAUAUUUUUUGUUAAAUUAUUGUAAGAAAUAGUGUAAUUGCAGAUUUUUUGUAAUAAAAAUGUGCUUUUAUUAAAGAAAAUUCACUAUACGAAUUAAUUGCUAAAUAUAUAUUUGCUAUACUGGUAUAAAAUACAAUAUUACUGUAUAUUUUUGUAGAAAAUAAUUACUAAAUUAAAAUUUAUGAUUUAAUAUUUGCAAAAAUAUGUUUUUAAUAAUAAAAUUUUAAAUUUCUUGUUUCCAAAAGUCGUUUACAGAACUGGUCUAAAAUCUUUUACGAGUUUAUUGUAGUAAAUAUUUUAAAUUUAUAGUAAAAUUUUAUUUGUUUGUUAGCCAAAACUGAUUUUAAUGUGUCGAAAACUGAUUUCAAAUCUUUUUUUUGUCGUUUUGGUAUAAAAACUGAAAUUUGGCAUAAAUUAAAUUUUUUAUUUAAUAUCUUUUAUGAUUUUGUUGCAGUAAAUAUUUUCUUUGUAGAGUUCUAUUUAAUUAAUUUGUACGCUAAAUACGAUUUUAAUCUGCCCGAAACUUAUUUUAAAUUUAUAUUGUUGUUCUGGUAUAAAAAAUAAAAUUUGGUAUAAAGUAAAUUUUUUAGUAAUACUGUAUUUAAUUUUUUUUUAUAAUUUUGUUCGCUAUAAAAAUUUCAUUAUUUAUAUUAAAUUCUUUAUUUUUCCGUUUUGGUAUAAAAAUAUUAAUUUGGUAUAAAUUUAAAUGUUUAGCUAUAUUUGAUUAAUUUUUUUUAUAAUUCCCUUUGCUAUAAACAUUACGUUAUAUACAUUAAAUUCUUUAUUUUUCCGUUUGGUAUAAAAAUAUUAAUUUGGUAUAAAGUAAUUUUUUUCAUUAAUUUUUAAUAGAUUUUUUUAUAUUUUCCUUUGCUAUAAAAAUUGAAAAAAAAAUAUUGAAUUGAAAAUUGAAAUGAAAUUAAAUUCUUUAUUUUUUCAAUUUGGUAUAAAAAAUUAAAUUUGGUAUAAAGUAAAAUUUUUAUCUAUAAAUUUUUUUUAUUUUUUCUUUUAAUUUCCUUCGCUAAAAAAAUUACAUUAUUUACAUUAAAUUCUUUAUUUUUCCGUUUUGGUAUAAAAAAUAAAGUUUGGGAAUAAAAUUUUUUUAUAUGUUUUUUUGAUUUAUAUUUUUUUUUAAAUUACCUUCACUAAAAAAAUACACUAUUUUGCAUAAAAAUCCAUAACCUCGCUUUCACAAAACUAUCUACAAAAAUUAAUUCAACCAUGUAUUCGAACUUUAAUCAAGAAAAAAAAUAUAAAAAAUAGUAUUUAGUGGUAACCUAUAAAACUAGCAUCUCUGUAUGAAAAAAAGUAUAUUUAUUAAAAUUAGUAACGAAUUGUGAAAUUGAUUUCGAAAAAAAACAAACCGAUUAAUAAUGGUAACGACUGUAAACACAAAAAUAAUAAUAAUAAAUUAUUACUUAAAUAUAACUAAGCCGCGUUCGAAAUGAACCAUAAAUUAUGUGCGUAAACAUUUAUUUCUAAUUAAAUAAAAAAAUAAUAUUUGUAAAAUUAUAUUAAGUGCAUAUAAUUAGAAAUACAAACAUACACUGAAAAAAAUAAAUUUUUUAAUAAUUUAAAUUUUAAUGCAGUGCUGUAGCUUAAUUUAUUCUGUUACUUACUUAAUAGCAAAACAACAACAAUAAAUACAAAAAUUAUAAUAACAACAAUAUAUAAAAAUUGUACAGUGUAGUAUUCAGUGAGCAAUAGCAGUGUCAUACACUGAGAAAAAAACGAAUACACAGAAAAAAACUAAAAAUGCUGGCAUUCAUUUUAGCUUUUUUCGAACAAUUGUUUUUUUUUUACAUUAAGAAAUAAAUUAAUUAAAUUAUUUAAGUAUUUAAACGCAUAAGUAAUGUACGCUUGAUUUAAGAGCAAUGUUAACUGUACCUUACACUGUGAGAAAUGGUUAUAUAUGAAAUUGGGAGAGUCAAUAAGUGUAAAAUGUAUAAUAAAUAUUUACAACAACAACAAAAAAACAAAAAACAUUUUCCCACAUUAUUUGCGCUGUUAUUUACAAAUAUUAUUUGCUGCUGUUUCUAGACUUAAUAAAUUAAAAACAAAAAGUAAUUAAAUAUAAUUAAUUAAUUUAUUAUCACAAGUAAUGUUUAUAAAAAUAUGUUGUUAUUCUAUAAGAUCCACAUAUAGCAACAAACAAAUAUAUACCCUUGCAUAACUACAGAAAUCAUAUAUAACUUAGAAAAACAAAACAACAAAAACAAAUUAUGUACUUUAAACGAAAAUUUAAAAAAUUUAUUUGAAAAAACUUAAAUAUUGUAAAAUACACCAGACACUGGAAAAAAUAUCCAAACAGAAAACUAUGUAAUCAUAUGCAUGAAUAUAUUUAUAAAAAUUAUAUGCGAAAUAUUUAAUGUGAAAAACGAAAUUAUCAAAAAAGAAAUGAACAA